GCCGUUUUGUCGAAGAUGGCGGAUUCGCUGUCGACAGGUCUGGUAGAGGAGAAAGAAAAAGAGAAGGAGGACAGCGGGAGAACCACCAAGGCCGCUAACGCGGACCAGAAUAAAAAGAAAGACGGAGUUACUGACACGCCGGGGUUUCAUGAUAAAAAUGGUGGCGCUAGAGGCCAAAAAGGCAACCUGUCAGAUCUGUCUCUGGUCAGAUUCAUAACCACUGAGCUAACCAGAGGCUACUUUCUGGAACACAAUGAGGCCAAAUACACAGAGCGCAGAGAGAGGGUCUACACCUGCCUCCGCAUCCCCAAGGAGCUGGAGAAGCUGAUGACUUUCGGCUUCUUCCUCUGUCUGGAUACAUUUCUGUACGUGUUCACCUUGCUGCCGCUCCGAGUGAUUCUGGCCCUUUUACGACUCCUCACUGUGCCAUGCUGCGGCCUCGGCGGCUCCCGUUUGCUGCAGCCUGCCCAGGUGUGCGACGUCCUGAAGGGCUUCAUCAUGGUGUUGUGCUACUCCAUGAUGAGCUACGUGGAUUACUCCAUGAUGUACCAUCUGAUCCGGGGACAGUCCGUCAUCAAACUUUACAUCAUCUAUAACAUGUUGGAGGUUGCCGAUCGUCUCUUCUCGUCGUUUGGCCAAGACAUCCUCGAUGCUCUGUACUGGACCGCCACCGAGCCCAAGGAGAAGAAGAGAGCACACAUAGGAGUGAUUCCUCACUUCCUCAUGGCUGUGCUCUACGUCUUCCUUCAUGCCAUUCUCAUCAUGGUUCAGGCUACUACACUGAAUGUAGCCUUCAAUUCCCAUAACAAGUCUCUGCUCACCAUAAUGAUGUCAAACAAUUUUGUGGAAAUCAAAGGAAGCGUGUUUAAAAAGUUUGAGAAGAACAACCUGUUUCAGAUGUCCAACAGCGACAUAAAGGAGAGGUUCACCAACUACAUCCUCCUGCUCAUUGUCUGUCUGAGAAACAUGGAGCAGUUUUCAUGGAAUCCCGACCACUUUUGGGUCCUGUUCCCAGACGUAGUCAUGGUGAUCACAUCAGAGGUGGCAGUGGACGUUGUCAAGCACGCCUUCAUCACCAAAUUCAAUGACAUCAGUGCUGACGUUUACGGAGAAUACAGAGCCAGCCUCGCCUUCGACCUCGUCAGUAGCCGACAGAAAAAUGCUUACACCGACUACAGCGACUCCGUAUCCAGAAGAAUGGGCUUUAUUCCACUUCCUUUAGCUCUGCUGCUGAUCAGAGUGGUGACGAGCUCAGUGAAGAUCCAGGGUUCGCUCUCCUUCAUGUGUGUGCUGCUGUUUUACUUGGGGAUGAUCACGCUGAAGGUGCUCAACAGCAUCGUUCUCCUUGGAACAUCCUGCAUGUUUGUCAAAGAGGCCAAGAUGGAGGAAAAGCUGUUUGACCCGCCUCCAUCUGUCGCCUCCAGCCGUGCUAACUCCAGAGCCAACCGUAGCAGAAACACUCACACCUCGCCGCUGCAAGAGCCGACGUCAGACAGAGCAGGAGUACCACUGACACCGGGCGUUUCUCCACCCACAGAGAAACCAGAGGGCACCUCCUCUGCCAUCCCAAAGAGCGACUCGGACACAUUCCUGACGACGCCGGACGAGGACGACGAGGACAAAAUUCUAAACAAUGACAUGGGACUGGAAGGAGACGGACUCAAACACAGAACGCCCAAGAAAGACUUGCUGGAGAUAGACCGAUUCACCAUCUGUGGGAACCGAAUAGACUGACCAUCGAAGGGAACCCCAGCCCGUGUCCAGGGAUCUGACGAGGGUCACGGAGUUCGCUCAGGCCCGACUCGCACUUAUGCACCUGACUCUCUGAGUAUUUAUUUAUUUAUUACUGGCAAAAACCAGCCAAGGCAUCAAGCUGUUACAUCAGACGUUUCCAGAUGGGUGCUGCAGGAACACCAGGAAACAACCAAACAGAGAAUAAAACCACUGAAAGGAAAUCCAGUCUGGAUUGUUGGAGCAUUGCAACUGGACUGUGAGGUUGUGUGUGUUUCAGAAGCACAAUUAUUCCCAGGACAAAGAGUUUUUUUUUUUUUAAAUAGAACAAAAGUUGUCAGAUGUCGACUUUUUAUUUAAAAAAAAAUCUGACAAGUUUAACUCUUUAAAGUAUGUUUUUUUUAUUUGAAAAAUGUUGGAUGUUUUUUCUGGAUUUGAAACCUUCAGCUACCACAUAAAGGCAUUCUGCAGACACUGGCGCCAACACGUUCAUAAGGAGUGACGCAAACAAGCAUCAGCGCUCAUCGGCUUCAUUUUUCUGGGGCAUGUUAGUGUGAAAUCGUCUGUGUGGGUCUUCUCUUUCUUUUAAUAUCAUUGGGAGGACUGUGUGAAGGCGUGUGAAGAUGCAGGUGAUUUUUUAAAAUUUUAUUUUAAGGGGCGAUUUCGUUUUCCAAAGUCGUGUAACUAUGGCACUAACAUCGUCGUUGAGUAUGUUGGAAACGUUGAUUUACCCUUAAAUUUGUGACUUGAAUUCCUGCUAAAAGAAAUGAAUAACUUUGGUUUGGGAGCAUUUCAUUUGUUCAAAUGAAAUGCAGACAUGAACUCCAUUCAUGUCUGCCGUGGCUCACCGGCUCUGAUUUGUGAAGAGAGGUGUCCUGUUAAUCAGCUGUUUGUGAACCAGUUGACCCAAAUUGCUGCGAAAUUUGCUGUUAAUCAGUUGAUUACGUGAAGCCGCCACAGGCGUUUCUGUUUCCUCUCAUUUACCACCAUCAGUUCCUGCGUUCAGCAAACCGAUGAACACGCGGCUGAAAUCUGACCAUUUUAAUACCAGUGACAUAAAAACAGGUCUAAACUAUGUAUAACCUUUAACUUUUUUACUUUUAUCAUGUCACACUUGGAUUUUCGGGGGGCAGUAGACAAACAUAAUUGUGAAUUAACAGGGGAAAAGUUAAAGUUUUUAAAGGGACAAUUUUUUGUAAAAUGAAACUUUUUAAGCUUAAUAGAGGAUCCAUAUUGUGAUGCCUUCCUGAAGGCGGAGUUUCAGACAGAGCAGGCGUUUCUUAAAGAGACAGACGCCAAAUUUCAAAGUAUCAAAUUGCGAAGUCAAAUUUAUUUUAAGUCAUAUUUGAAUAUGACUUAAAACAGAUCUUUUCUAACAACUGAAGGUAACCGAGUUACUCAGUUGUGCCACUUUUUGCCUGGAAAAUACAUAAUACUGUCCCUUCAACAUUUUUUGCUCUAAACAAAAUAGAAAAGUGUGACUUGCGUUUGUCUUCAGCCCCACAGAGUUAAAACUUUUAACUCUGUGCCCCACAGAGUUAAAAUAUUUGCAGAUCAGUUUAAAUUUAUUCAUGGAUGGAGAAACUCUAAACAAUCCAUUUUGUAGUCCUGCCACAGAUUCACAAUUGACAUAGUGGUUUCUGGAACAUAUUUUUAUCCUUACCUCACUGUGAUGCUGCCUUCAAACUUCAAAAAUACAUAUAAAUUCUGCAGUAACUUAAAAAUUAGUUGCUCUUUUCGCUUUACAAUCAUGCUGUUGGUCUGAUACAUGGAAUCCCGAAUUAAACACACGUAAGUACGUGGCUGCAGUGUGACUAAAGGUAGUUUUGAAGUAUUAGUUAUUUUUGGAUGGCUGUGCAUUUAUAUAUUUCAAAUAAAUAUUUUUUCUAACAGCAGAACAUUACUAACUGAGAAUUGAGUUUGAGAGGUAGAAAUAAUCUGAGUUAAUCCAAGUCAACACAGACCAUCUGAAACUUCCCAAAAAUGUAAACAAGUGUGAGAGGUCAUCUCUGAUUAGUGGACAACAGGGUGAAAGACAAGUGAUCAAUUUCAAUGGAUUAUACAUCUGAUAGGAUAUUCAAUUUGUUUUUUGCCAUGAUCUAUUUCUGUUGUCUAAAACAAUUUUUUUUCCAGGAAGAUAAUGAUCUAGAAUAUUCACUGAACUCUGAUCCAGAACCACACAGCAUCCUGGGAGAUGUAGGGAGAGGAAAAGCUUUAGCUGCUCAAGCUGUCACAGUGAGCUAAGCAAGGCUGGUGGGCUCAACUAACUCACUCGCUCUUUGGUUACCUAGCAACAACCUGCGGAUUAACUUGCACAGCAGCACUUUCAAAUUUCUCCGUCGUACUUAAAAAUAAAAAACAACAGUGUCCAACAUUCCAACUAGAUAAAUCAGGAAAGGUCACACCAGCAGCUUGGCAGUUUCUCAGACAUAUUAAACAAAAAAAAUGUCUGUCAAUAAUGAUCGAUAUUGACGAUUGUUGAUAUUGGCUGAUAUAAAACAUGUAUGUUGUGAAAGGGUUUUUAGGCAUGUUGUGCAGCCCUCACUUACAGGCCUCCGUGUGUAAAUCUGACAUUUUGAGGUUUAAGUCUUUUAUGAUGGAAGGAGAAUAAACUGAGUUUGUUUUGCAGCCGUUUCUGGUGUGAUGUGAGUGAAAGCAAGGGAGGACUCAGUGCAGUGAAAGGACUCAGUGCAGUGAAAGGACUCAGUGCAGUGAAAGGACUCAGUGCAGUGAAAGGACUCAGUGCAGUGAAAGGACUCAGUGCAGUGAAAGGACUCAAUGCAGUGAAAGGACUCAAUGCAGUGAAAGGACUCAGUGCAGUGAAAGGACUCAAUGCAGUGAAAGGACUCAGUGCAGUGAAAGGACUCAGUGCAGUGAAAGGACUCACUGCGCUCUCUGUUAACAGUGGAAACACAGCGGCCCACUGUCUGCCUGCACAGACUCUGAAGGCUCUCUGUCAUCACAUACUUACAUUCACAUUGGCAUUUUCUUUUCUUCCCUUCUUCUCCUUCUUUCCAGUUUCAUGAGACAUCAAAAACUUGGAUCGUCAUUAGCGAGUUGACCGUCAUAUUUCACAGUGACAUCCAACCGGUGAAACGACAGGUCCAGCUUUUUUGUGGGAAGAAAUAAGCGUCAAGUUUCCCCCAGAACUAUCAGUCUGUAAGUCAGCCCAGACCGGUAAAAUGUCUGGGUUUCCCCUUGCUGUUUCUCACAAGCUUGUGUUUCUUACGCAGACAAAAGCUCUGUAAGAAAAAGGAAAAGUUCUGGUUGCAGUACUUUUUCUUUUUUAAUCAAAGUUAUCCAAACCCUGCUUUGCAGAGACGUGGUGGUCCAGAUACAUGUGUCAUAUUGUGCAGAUGUUUUGAGCCUCCCCUGGUUUUUAUAUUUGGCCUCAAGCAGGCUAACUGUUUUUUGUAACAAUCUGCUCUGAUGGUGAAGAGUUUUUGCACAAAACUGUGAGUGCCCUGCCAUACUUAAUAAAAAAGAAUUUGUGCAAGUCUUUACUUGACCUCAGA